GUAGGGAGCUCGGUAGGUUUUGUGACACGCAGCUCGUGAGGUGACACUUCAUCAUGGCGGCCGAGUUUCGCUCUCUGUAAAAUACCGUCAUUAUUUUAUAAUACAAUAAUAAACAUAAGCGUCUGCUGGAUAUUAAAGAUUUUAUUGUUAUACGUGUUGAUUUUCAGAAGGAAUCGCGUUAUAUUUCACGUCACUGAGCGCGUUUUUAAAAUAGAUUUACAGUCGCGGUUUGUUGUAAUGUGAUUUCUCAUCCGGAUUGUUUGACGGAUCUAUCAUGUGUGUCAGGUAAUUCAGGCAGUUUUGUUUUUGGAGAUCUUCAGGUCUUUCCGCUCAUCUGGAGUCAUCAUGUCAUCUACUGCCGUUCCUAAACCCUCACCUGUCCUCUCGGCGCUGGACAAUCUCUCCGUAUCAUCUUUACUAUCUGGAGAACUGGAGGAGGACGAAGAGGAGGAGGAGGAGGAGGAGAGAGCCGAUAAUGGUGAUGUGGUGGAUCUGGAAGUGAAUCCGUACGAUGGGUUGCCGUAUUCGUCGCGGUACUACAGUCUGUUAGAGGAGAGGAAACAGCUGGCCGUGUGGAGCGUGAGGUUAAAUCUGUUAGAAGAGAUGGAGACACACAGUAUGAUGAUACUCAGCUCAGAUGGAGGAACUGGAAAAAGCACACAGGUUAAUAACAAACAUUUACUCAUUGUCUGACAGCGUAUAAAACUA